AUGGCAGACCUCGAAGAAGCCAUCCGAGUAGGCAGAGAAGCCGUCGAUGCCACCCCGCUGGAUUAUCCGGACCGCGCUGGGUGGUUGAACAACCUCGGGGUUCGUUUAAGCGACAGAUACUCUCGGACUGGGGCGAUGGCAAACCUCGAGGAAGCCAUCCGAGUAGGACGAGAAGCCGUCGACGCCACUCCGCUGGAUCAUCCGGACCGCGCUGAAUGGCUGGAUAACCUCGGAAUUUGUUUACGCAAUAGAUACUCUCGGACUGGGGCGAUGGCAGACCUUGAAGAAGCCAUCCGAAUAGGACGAGAAGCCGUCGACACCGCCCCGCUGGAUCAUCCGAUCCGGGCUGUACUGCUAAACAACCUCGGAGUUUAUCUUGGCGACAAAUACUCUCGGACUGGUGCGAUGGCAGACCUCGAAGAAACCAUCCGAGUAGGACGAGAAGCCGUCGACGCCACCCCGCUGGAUCAUCCAGACCGCGCUGGAUGGUUAAACAGCCUCGGAAUUUGUUUUGGCGGCAAAUACUCUCGGACUGGGGCGAUGGCAGACCUCGAGGAAGCCAUCCGAGUAGGACGAGAAGCCGUCGACGCCACCCCGCUGGAUUACCCGGACCGCGCUAUGUUUUUAAACAGCCUCGGAAAUCGCUUAUGCGAUAGAUACUCUCGGACUGGGGCGAUGGCAAACCUCGAGGAAGCCAUCCGAGUAGGACGAGAAACCGUCGACGCCACCCCGCUGGAUCAUCCGGACUGCGCUGGACGGUUGAACAACCUCGGAGCUUUUUUACGCGAUAGAUACUUUCGGACUGGGGCGAUGGCAGACCUCGAAGAAGCCAUCCGAAUAGGACGAGAAGCCGUCGACGCCACCCCGCUGGAUCAUCCGGACCGCGCUAUAUUUUUAAGCAGCCUCGGAAAUCAUUUAGGCGAUAGAUACUUUCGGACUAAGGCGAUGGCAGACCUCGAAGAAGCCAUCCGAAUAGGCCGAGAAGCUGUCAACGCCACCCCGCUGGAUCAUCCGGACCGCGCUGGGUGGUUGAACAACCUCGGAAUUCGCCUAAACGAUAGAUGCUUUCGGACUGGGGCGAUGGCAGACCUUGAAGAAGCUAUCCGAGUAGGACGAGAAGCUGUCGGCGCCACCCCGCUGGAUCAUCCGGACCGCGCUGGAUGGUUGAACAGCCUCGGAAAUCAUUUAGGCGACAGAUACUCUCGGACUGGGGCGAUAGCAGACCUCGAAGAAGCCAUCCGAGUAGGACGAGAAGCUGUCGGCGCCACCCCGCUGGAUCAUCCGGACCGCGCUGGAUGGUUGAACAGCCUCGGAAAUCAUUUAGGCGACAGAUACUCUCGGACUGGGGCGAUAGCAGACCUCGAAGAAGCCAAAAAAUCCUAUUCUGCCGCCCUCCGUCACCCUACCUCCGCUGUAAGCAUACGUAUCGCAGCUGGACGCCAUUUCCUAUCAUCUCCAGCCAUUCUUAAAGACGAACAAGCAUACGCCAUCGCCAAAACGACAAUCGACUUGAUUCCCUUAUUGACCCCUCGCUCUCUGCAAAACUCCGACAAGCGGCACCUUUUGUCCGCGGCCGUCGGACUAUCAUCGGACGCGGCAGCCAUUGCUCUUCAUGCCAGCAAAGGGCCUGCUGCUGCUGUCGAAUUGCUAGAAACCGGUCGUGGCGUCAUCGCCGGAGCCCUUUUUGAGCAAUCCGACCUUGCCGCUCUCGAACGCGCACACCCCGACUUGGCGCGCUCUUUCGUCGACCUUCGAGAUCAACUGGAUACACCACCCCAGGAACACCCCCUUACUACAGCUGAGCACCGCACUGUGGCUGCUGAAAUAGAAGGCGGUCGGCGCCGCGAGGCAGGUCCUCGGCUCGCCGGUCUGCUCGACACAAUCCGUUCCAAACCGGGUUUUAAACGAUUCCUCCUUUCGGCGUCGGAAGCCGACAUACUGAAUGCCGCGCGACAAGGCCCGAUCGUCGUCCUGAAUGUGAGCUCGUAUCGUUGCGAUGCUUUGGCCAUUGAGCAAUCCGGUAUCCGAUUGCUGGAGCUGCCACACGUCUCCCGAGACGCCAUUAACGAACACGCUCGGGAACUCAAAACUCUCGCUACGCUUGGGUGGCUCUGGGAUGCCAUUGUCUGUCCCGUUCUUGAAGCUUUAGGCUUUACUGGGCCUCCAUCGGACAGUCAGUGGCCGCACGUAUGCGGGAUACCAUUUGAGACGCACCGGCGAAACGGCGGUCGAUAG